GUCUACGUCAGAACGAGUCCAACAUGCUAUGGAGCAUAUCAGUAAGCUACAGAUUAUUGUGAAUUCGUUGUCUCACUUGCAGCUGGACGAUCAUGAAUAUGCUUAUUUGAAGGCGAUCGUUCUCUUCAGUCCAGAAAAAGAUUCUCACACGUUAAAUUCAUCAACAGACAACUUGUCUCAUCCAAAGGCUCGCCAAGUUGAAAAGUUUCAAGAGCGAGCAUAUCAAGAAAUGCACACCUAUAUUGACCAGACUUUUACAAAAAACAGUGACAGGUUUCCAAAACUUCUGUUACGGCUACCUGUACUGCGAUCCAUCCAAGCUACUAUUGUUGAAGAACUCUUUUUCUCUGGGCUGAUUGGGAGUGUUCAGAUCAACAGCAUCAUUCCUUACAUUCUCAAGAUGGAUCCUAGUGAAUUCACUCCAGGAGCUGGACGGUCAACUCCAGAAUCUGUGCUUCCUCAUAUUGAUGAUAUAUCAUCGAGAUUCUGAACUUUGAAGAAAAUGGUCCGAGGUUUGGAUUAGAAAAGUGCUAUUCUACUGAAGACAACAAGUUUUGUUUCACUUCUAAGGAAACUCUACAACUGUCACAAACUUAUAACAUUCUAAUGAGCUUUUGCGAUGAGAAAAGUUAGAGAGUUUGAACAAAACAGAACAGCUAUUCUAGUGAUAUCACACACUUUGGGUGAGUGGUGAAUAGCUGGUAACUGUUGUACUUCUCACUAGUUUGGUGUCUUUUAACCCAACAGUGUUUGAAUAGAGAAAGUUUAAAGGAACAUCUGGAGAUCGAAGAAACACGGGACAAUUAUUGAAGCGCAACUAACGGAACCUUCUCUUUCACUAUGACUGUUGUACCAGCAGCUUCUUAAAAGAAACCAGUAAUCAGGAACAUUUAUGUAACAAGGACAUGAUGUAUUUCCCUAAAAAUACUGAUACUUGAGAAAGCUGGAGACAACCAAAGAAACUGUGUGUGGUUUAUAAAAGUGUUGAAAAGUUGUACCCCUCUGAAGUUACUUGCAAGCUGAUGGCCUUGAUUUUGAAAACUUUUGUUAAGUUUGAGGACAUUUAAAUAAACAAGUUACAAUAUUAAGGAAUAUGUUAAGACUGACAUGUGUUUGAUUUGUUAACCGUGUUUAUCUCGAGUCUUAACUCCAGUUGGUGGGAAAAGCUCCUGUUUUAUAUAUAUAUAUAAUUGUUAGAUUAAGUUUUAACUAUGUAUUUCUAAUAAUUUUCAUUCUUAAUUGUGUAAAAUUGUGGAUAUUUGUAACAAAGAUUUUCAUAAUUUAUCAGAAUAACCAGAGUUUUGUAAACACAACUGAUUAUUUCUUGAUGGUUUGUCUACUAAUAUAUUCAAACCUGACCUAUGACACUAAUGUAUCCAAAUAAUCAAGUCCAAAUUUCGACAUUAUACAACUAUGUGAAUAAUAAGCACCCCACUGGCUUAGUGGUAAGUCUGUAGGCUUACAAAGCUAAAAAUCAGGUUUCGUUACCCAUAGUGGGCAGAGCACAGAUAGUCCGCUGUGUAGCUUUGUGUUUAACUAUGACCUAACUAAAUAAUUAAACAUGACCUCUUUUAGUGUUAGCAUUACUUCAGUCUCCUUAUAGCACUCAUAAUAAACAUGUUAAAGGACUAAAUUAUAAAGCAAACAAUCCUCUAAUUGAAAAAAACAGACCUUCCUGAAAAUAAUAAAUGUGCAUUUACUUGUUAAUGAAAUUAAACAGAUUGUUCUUAGGCCUUUUUUCUUUAUAAAACAUAUUAAAAUAACCCCUACUGUUAAAAAAUUGCCAUUUAUUCUGUUGUUUCUGUGAUUUGCGGGUUCUUUUCGAUUAUUCGGUAAAAAUAAAUACGACGUCCAGGCAACUAUUUCUCCAGCAACGUUCUGUAGGCUAUUUUCACUAAUAGGCUUAACUCAUAAAUAAAGCUGAAGUUUUCCUAAAUAUGAGUAUCGAACUUUGCUUCACUGGUUUCAGCUUUUACGUAUGUAUUAUCCACGUUAUCAUUCAUUUUUGUCGUAUUCUUGAAUUACAUUGUGUAAACUGUUUACAUUAUUGUACACAACCGAUUCUUGCAUCGUAACUGGUGCUGCAGUAUCUGAGUUCAUUGGUUUAUGAACCAUUAGUAGAUAUUCAAAAACAGCUGAACUCUCUCUAAUGUGGGGUUGUUUUAUACAUAUGUUAUUCUGUUUUAUUGAUUUCUCACAAAAUUCUAGUUGUAGUAAAGUAUUUUGUCCUUUUAGAAUUAAACAUCUUAUGAAGAAUGUAGUGUUACUCUAAGCCUAACACAUUUUGAACAGUAUUUGUAAAUGUAAACAUUUUGUGAACGGUAUUAUGACACUAAUCUUAACGGUUUCUCAACAAUAUUGUGUCGCUCUGACGUUAGAAAGUUUAUGAAUAAUAUUGUUUCACUUUAAUGAUCAAUACUUUGAACAGCAUUUUGUCACUUUAAACACUAUGUGAUGAUUUUAUAGCAAAGCAUUCUGUGAACAGUAUUGUGUUAUUUUAAGGUUAAUUUAUGAAUGACGAUUAGUUUUGAACAAUAUUAUCAACAGUACUACAUCACAUUUAACCACCAGUUUUUAAUCUAUUAGAUUUGUAUACAUUUUCUAUGCAUUACUCAGCCAUCACUUUUACAGGUUGUUUUUUUUAUAAGUGUGACUGAUAUCUUAGCUCUACAUAAU